AUGACGGACGAACCUGAUUUAUUACUGCUACGUGAAGGUCCUAUGAUGCCAACAGAUCAACUAACUAUGGAAGGCAGAGAUUCCCUGUCGCCACCAAAUGUACCAAUGAUGGAAAGUAUAGAUGCCAUGGCGCCUCCAGAUCCACCAGUGAUGGAAAGUUUAGAUCCCAUGACGCAAUUUGAUCCACCGAUAAUGGAGAGGGAAGAUCCUAUGACGCCACCCGAUACACCAAGUAUGGAAAGUAUAGAAUCUAUGACGUCACCAGAUACACCAAGUAUGGAAAGUACAGAACCAGAAGAACCAAUUAUGGAGAGGGAAGGUCCGAUGAUGCCUCCAGAACCCCCAGUGAUGGCGAGGCUAGCUCCUAUGUUGCCACCAGAUCCACCAAUGAUGGCAAGGCUAGCUCCUAUGAUGCCGAGAAAUCCACCAGUUAAAGAAAGGGAGUAUCCUAUGAUGCAGCACAAACCACCUAUGAUGGUAAGGGGAGCUCCUAUGAUGCCGUACAAGCCACCUAUGAGGGUAAGGGGAGAUCCUAUGAUGCAGUACAAGCCUCCUAUGAGGGUAAGGGGAGCUCCUACGAUGCAGCACAUGCCAUCAGUUAUGGGAAGUGGAGUUCCUGACAUGGUGCAAACACAUCCACCAAUGUAG